AGUUGUACACUCGACCAGCGUGGAAGUGUAUCGUUUCUGUACGUAGGAGUGUAAAGUAGCAGCAGAGUUACCAAAUCUGUUGAAUAGUGUUGUAUUUAUCGCUAGAACACACCAACAACGAUGGGUUAUGGGUCUGGGACUACACUCUAGUAUGAUUAUGUGUAUAGGAACAAGAACUAGUCUGCUAGACAAGGAAGACUGCGAAUAACCUCAUCUAACCAACAAGGCAAUCCAAAUGCAAGCCACUCGAGUAAAUAGGAGUCCGCAAACUACGUUCGCCCUUGAAUAGACGUCGUAGCGCGCGGAGGAAAUAUGCCGUUCUCCAGGAAGCACUUCAAAAGGGUCCCAGUGCACGUAGUGGAAAACCACGACGAUGUCUUGCCAUUUAUUUACCGCUGUCUGGGCUCGAAGCAUCUUCCAUUCGAGGGAAACACGAUCGUGCACUUGGACUCUCAUCCCGACAUGCUCGUACCGAAAUCCAUGCCAGCGGACACGGUGUGGAACAAAAAUGAGCUGUUCGAUGAGAUCAGUAUCGAGAACUGGAUCCUACCGGCGGCUUACGCGGGUCACUUAAAGCACUUGAUCUGGGUGAAACCACCGUGGGCGAAUCAGAUGGCCGAUGGAGUGACGACCUUUCUCAUUGGUAAGCACAAGGAAAACGGUCAGAUAAGGCUCACGUGCACCGAGCCCUACUUCGUCAGCGAGGGACUGUACGCCAUGGCUGACGAGCUGGAUAACGCGCGAGAGGUCACCCUACACGUGAUGACUAUAGGCAAAUUCAUCGAGGAUCCAGGGACGAGGGACGAUUUCACGGCGAUCAGCUCCGCUCUACGUCAGUAUCUACCCGAGAGAGACACCCCCUACAUUCUGGACGUCGAUCUGGACUUCUUCAGCACUAGGAAUCCUUUCAAAACGAUCUACGAUCGCGUGAACCUCUAUGACAAACUGGCGUCCUUGUACGCUUUCAAGCGACCCGACUCGACGGAACCCAAGGCCCUAAAGGACGCGACCACUGCGAGGAACGAGCAACUCGCCGAGCUGGAAAACUUAUUCGGGUACUUGGAGGAGCACAGAAGUCUUCAGGGAUAUCAGGGCGAGAAGUCUGCCAGAUACGAAGCAGUGGAACUGAUUUUUCACGAAGUGACCAGGGUUUACAAGGAGUCGGAGAUCGACUGGAAGUUGGUACACGACGCAGGCUGUACCAGGGAUGACACGGAUCUACCAGACCACGUCACCACGAGAAAGGAUCUCGAUCGGUUGAUCGGUGGUACUUUCUGGUCCUUCCUGGCAGCCCUUCCUGCUACGCCAACCAUCGUCACCAUCGCAAGAUCCAGCGAGGACGAAUACUGUCCUCCCGAAGACGUCGACCAGAUUCAACUUGAGGUUCUGGAGGAAAUUCGUCAACGUCUGGGGGAUAUCGACGUACAGCUAUCGUAUGGGGAAGAGGAGAUAUUUUAAUUUAGGAAAAGUAAAUAGCUCGAUCGAAAUUAUUUCAUACGUAGGGUAGACUUCACUAGUUACUUUCCAGUUUUCCCUUCUUGGGGGCUUUUUUAGAAGCAAAACUCGUACAAUCAAGAAUUAGGUAAUUCAAAUGUUGCUAGAAGAUUGAGAAUAAUAAAAAUACAUGCUCAAGCCUGAUAAGAGGCAUAUCUUACCCAUAGAAUACUUCAUUAAAUUAUCCACCCCUCUUAUACCAGAAAUAUAAAUAUGAUUACUAAAGUAACAAUUUGGUUUUAAGUUUUGAAUGACAUUUUUCAUUCCUAAAACAUAAUACAAAAACGGUAAUAAUAAUUUAUCUUCAUCUCCAUUUAUCGUAGAGAAACUUGUGCAUUUAAGGAGACUGUUGAAUUAUAUACUAUGUAUAUUCAUGAUUCUGGUGCAAGGAGAUAACGUAUAAUGUAUGUUUACGAAAGACUGAACUAAAUCGUAUUUUUCUUGUACAAUCGCAUUAACACGGCGACAUGGGAACGCCUACAGAACUUAUGAUAACUGAUACUCCCGCCAAAGGGUUGUUUAAUCCCGCGCAUAAAAUACUUCCAACUGGAUUGGGGUUGCGAGUCUGUAUGAAUGUAUCUCGCGUCGAAGGAUGUCAACAUACCCGUUUUAUUCUCACGCUUUCCUUUAUUUUCUUUUCAUUUCUGCUGGCAACACAGUUUUACAUACAGUUGUGGCAUAAAAGCUUAUCAGUCCUGUAUGCAACAAUGUCAAGUAUCAAUAAACCUACAUGCGC